GUCAUUUCACAAAAACAACGAGGUGCUUACACAAUUCACCGCUGAAAUAAAAAUAAUUUCCAAAUAAUUCAGUGAAAAAGUUAAAUGUUCCUGCUCUAAAAUGUCCCACCGGCAACUUCUCAACCGCUCGGCCGGUCCGCGCUCACUUCUUUCCCUGCUGCGACCCUCUCUGACCCGCUUUUACUCAUCGUCGGUAACAUCGAAAGACUCCGCCGAAGAAGUCGCCGCCGAGGAACUCCCGGUCACUUUUGUCGAGGACGAUGGCCUCGAGGCGGAACGGGAAGCUCGCAUCCAGGCGGCGCGAAACAAGUCCCGGCUGCUGCCCCAACACCGAAAUAUGCUGCACAACGCGCUGCCGUACGAGCAGUCCCAGUCGUGGAUCCACGAAACGGUCAAGUACAAACGGAUGAUGGUUGGCCGGUACGGGCUGGACGGCAGCAAGGUCGAUCCGAGAAUCUGCUACCCAACAAAGCAGGAAGCGCUUGAGCGAUCCGAAUACGAAAAGGUUGCCUUUCCGCACACCCUCCAGGAGAUGAUGGCCGUGAACCGGAAGGCAAAGCAGGACAAGAUUGCUAAAAUUAAGACGCGGGAGGAGGAGAUUGCCAAGAAGAUGGAAAAGCUGGACCAGUGGACGGCGGAUUUGAACGCACGGAUCGCGAAGAAGGAAGCUGACGCGAGGGCAGCCAAGGAGCGGAAGGAUCGGUUGGUGGAGGAGGUGCGACGACACUUUGGCUUCAAGAUCGACCCUCGGGACGAGCGAUUCCAGGAGAUGUUGGCCCAGAAGGAGAAGGAAGACCGGAAGAAGGUGAAGGAGGCCAAGCGGGCGGAGAAGGAGGUCAAGAUGAUGGAGAAGCUGAAGAAGAAGACGGCCAACCUGGAAAAGGACGCGUCGAAGGAGGAGGAUGUCGACGAAGAUAAAAAGUAGUCGCGUGGUCAGAACUAGAAUUUUAUUGAUAUCGAAGGGAGAAUUGAAGCUUUUUCCUACGAAUAAAUUAAGAGAUGUAGCUGCAAA